CCGGGCCCUCCUCACCUGUUGUCUCUGUUGGUCAAUUUGUUAUGUUACAUACUACAUGUUAUGUCCUGUCUACCCAUUGUACAGCGCUACAGACUUUGAUGGCACUAUAUAAAACAAUAAAUAAUAAUAAUACAAAUGCUAUUCUCCUACAGAAAACCUUAUAUCAAAAUGAAAUCAGAACAUAAGCAGAAUGUGACAGAAUUUUCAAUCCAAGGCUUAACGGAUAUCCCUGAAUUCCAAAUCCCAAUUUUUUUAUUAUUUCUCAUCAGCUAUAUUGUUGUUUUAUUGGCGAACAUGGCUAUUAUUGUGGUUAUUUUGAGUGAUUCUCAACUUCAUACUCCUAUGUACAUUUUAUUGUUGAAUCUUUCACUAACCGACAUAGUUAACGUCUCAGAUAUUCUCCCUAAGGUUUUAAAUAUUCUCCUAACUCGGCACAAGACUGUUUACUUAGUUGGAUGUAUAACUCAGAUGUAUAUUUUCGUCUCACUAACACUUAUUGAAAUGCUCAUUCUUUCAGCCAUGGCUUAUGACCGAUACGUGGCAAUCUGUCACCCUCUCCAUUAUUUUAUCUUUAUGAGUUUAAGACACACUCUUGCCUUUGCAGUUGCUUCAUGGACCAUUGGUUUCUUGGAUCCCACAGGACAUGCUGUCCUUAUGUCCAGGCUGUCCUUCUGUAAAUCACAUCUUAUUGAUCACUUUUUUUGUGACGUUACACCAUUGCUGAAGAUCUCCUGCAGUGACACCUUCAAGAUAGAAAUGUUAACUUAUGUAGAAGGGACACUAAUCGACAUCCCUGCAUUCCUGCUCACUUUCUUUUCUUAUGUAUUUAUUGUUUCCUCUAUUUUGAAAAUACAAACGUCAGAAGGUCGAAAAAAAGCAUUUUCUACCUGUACCUCCCAUCUGACCUGCGUUACUCUCUUCUAUGUAACGCUAAUUUCUUUGUACAUGAGACCCACAUCAAGCCUUUCUCUAAAAAAUAACAAAUUUUUUUCUCUAAUAUAUGUUGUCUUGAUCCCAAUGCUUAAUCCUGUUAUAUACACACUGAAAAACCACGACGUUAAAGAAGCUUUGAAGAAACUUAUGAAUAAAAAGGUGUUCUUUAGGGCACAUUAGUGUUUAUAAUGCUCAUAUGUCAGAUAAGUCAACCCUCCAAUUGUCUUAAUUAUUUAUUAAUAAAGAUAUAUAUACAGUUCAUUUUUACUUUAUACUUUGGUACAAAGAACAGUUUAAAAUGACUCAUUCCAU